AUGUUUGACAAUUUCCACAAUCGCCCUGCUACACACAGACAGAACUCGAGCUAUAAUUGUUUUACCAUAUCCACAAUCGCGGAGGCGCAGCGGAGGCGCAGAGGGGAAGCAGCGGAGGUGCAACGGGGAAGCAGCGGAGGCGCAGAGGGGAAGCAGCGGAGGUGCAACGGGGAAGCAGCAGGGGCAGAGGGGAAGCAGCGGAGGCGCAGAGGGGAAGCAGCGGAGGUGCAACGGGGAGGCGCAGAGAGGAACGCAGAGGGGCAACGGGGAAGCAGCAGAGGUACAGCGGGGAAGCAGCGGAGGUGCAACGGGGAAGCAGCGAAGGGACAACGGGGAAGCAGCGGAGGUGCAACGGGGAAGCAGCGGAUGCGCAGAGAGACAGCAGCGGAGGCGCAGAGGGGAAUCAGCGGAGGUGCAACGGGGAAGCAGCGGAGGCGCAGAGAGGAAGCAGCGGAGGCGCAGAGGGGAAGCAGCGGAGGUGCAACGGGGAAGCAGCGGAGGCGCAGAGAGGAAGCAGCGGAGGGGCAGAGGGGAAGCAGCGGAGGCGCAGAGGGGAAGCAGCGGAGGUGCAACGGGGAAGCAGCGGAGGCGCAGAGGGGAAGCAGCGGAGGUGCAACGGGGAAGCAGCAGGGGCAGAGGGGAAGCAGCGGAGGCGCAGAGGGGAAGCAGCGGAGGUGCAACGGGGAGGCGCAGAGAGGAAGCAGCGGAGGCGCAGAGGGGAAGCAGCGGAGGUGCAACGGGGAAGCAGCGGAGAAUAAGAAACUGAAAGCAGAAACAUUGGGACAGAUGACACGCAUUCAGCCAUGGGAUCCUCUUUCCGACAGUGAAUGGAUACCUGGAUCCCAAGAAUAA